CGAUCUCUGCAUCGGCAGACACAAGGAUUGCCAUUUAAUCUCAUCGCUUUAUAUUUCGCGCCUCAUCAUUGAUUUCCUCUUGUGCGUUGAGUAUUUUUGUACCUAUUAUAGCGCUGAAGCUGAAUAGCACGCCUAGCGAAUUUUUCUGGCAAACAAAUAUGGCACACGGGAAUUGGUACAACGGUAUCCAGCUGGAGGCACUGCAAAAGGGUUCCAAAGAUUAUGAAUAUGUGAAGGACAAAAUGCACAGCUCGAUUUGCCACGACGAAGUUCAGAGCUACGACAUAGAGAUGAUUUACAGAGUCAACAACAAAUACAUUUGGCCGCGUUAUAAAAAAAGAAGGGAGCAAAUGAGUAUGGAGCUGGGUGGAAAAUGGGUAGAGGAAAAACGUCUUUUCCACGGGUCGCCUCAAGCUGAGAAAAUCGCCAAAGAAGGCUUCGAUCAAGGAUUUGCCAAAACUUCAGGAAUGUUUGGAAAAGGGGUAUAUUUUGCAGAGCAUUCCUCCAAAAGCAACAACUACGCAUUCGGUUGCUGUGAACCUUGUCCGCGACACAAAAAUCGACUUUGCGAAAUAUGCACUCGCUCUAUGCUUUUGUGCAAAGUGGCGCUCGGCAGGGUUUACAACGCAACCCAGGUUUUGACCUCACUGCCACAUGGAUAUCACUCAAUCAAAGCCAAGCCCCAAGACGGGUUUCUCUUAUACCCAGAGUACAUAAUUUAUAAUGAUGACCAGGUCUACCCCAGAUUUUUGAUUGAAUACACUGCUAAUUUCAAACAUACGCCAACUCCCGAAAGCUCUGAUAAUUCGGAAGAAUCAGAAAGUUCCGACAGCGAGAGCUCUGAUGAUUCGGACGAUUCAGAUAGCCCUGGUGUAAUAGUUAUUAAUGAUCCCUAUUCCUCUGAUUCUUCUAGCUCAUCUGAUGAGUCGUGUGUAGUUAUGUGAUAUUUUCUGAGCAGUUCUUACUUACAUCAAAAAAUUGCUUUGAAGAGGGAUUGUAACAAAAAAUUGUAAGCUGUAACAAGAUUUUUUUGUCACAUUAGAAAUGAAACGGAGUGAUAUUUAAUUAAAAGUCAGGUUUACGAUGUGGUUUUUGUGCAUACAAUUUUUUGAAUUCAUAAACCAAGUAUGAAUAUUGAUAUUAUUAUGCUGAUUGUAGUAUAAAAAGUCGUAGAAUUUGUGAUAGUGCCAAGAAGAAAACCAAGACAAUCAAAGUUAUCAAGACUCUUUGCAACAUUAAGAUUUCUUUUUUUGAUUUCUUGCUAGUGAUAUUGAUGUACUUUUCCAACAAUGCCAAUUUUAAAUUAUUAUGAGAUUGAAUUAAAUUAGA